AUGGCAUCCGUUUUCUCUCUUAUUAUUUUCCUAAUCUCCUCCGCCGCCGUCUUGGCCGCUGCCACAGGCCGUGAGUUUGGCUUCACCGUCGAACUCAUCCACCGUGACUCCCCCAAGUCCCCUAUGUACAACCCAUCGGAGACUCACUACCACCGCCUCGCCAAUGCCCUCCGCCGUUCGAUCAGCCGUAACACCGCAGCGGUGACAGACACGGCCGUGGCUCCUAUUUACAAUUACAGAGGCCAAUACCUCAUGAAAAUAUCCCUCGGAACGCCGCCGUUCUCAAUUAUAGCUGUUGCUGACACAGGAAGCGACGUCAUUUGGACCCAGUGUGAACCAUGUCCAAACUGCUACGAACAAAGCGCGCCGAUGUUUAACCCGAGUAAAUCGACGACUUACAAAAAUGUGCCGUGUUCCUCGCCGAUUUGCUCGUAUGCAGGCGAGGAUAGUUCUUGUUCGGCUCAUUCCGAGUGUUUGUACUCGAUUUCCUACGGCGAUAGGUCCCACAGCCAAGGAGAUUUUGCCGUUGAUACCGUUACUAUGGGGUCCACCUCCGGCAGCCCCGUGACGUUUCCUCAUAUGGCGAUUGGUUGUGGUCAUGAUAAUGCUGGCACUUUUGAUGCUAGUGUUUCCGGCAUUGUUGGAUUGGGGCAAGGUUCUGCUUCGCUUGUCUCACAAAUGGGACCGGCUACCGGGGGAAAAUUCUCUUACUGUUUAGCUCCAAUUGGAAACAGUUCUGCCGAGUCCAGCAAACUUAACUUUGGUUCUAAUGCCGACGUAUCUGGCUCUGAAGCUGUCUCAACUCCUAUUUAUACCAGUGUUAAGUACAAAACUUUCUACUCGCUCAAGCUAGAAGCCGUGAGCGUAGGGGAGAACAAAUUCGAUUUUCCAAUAGUUUCUUCAAGAUUGGGUGGAGAAGGAAACAUCAUUAUUGAUUCCGGCACGACGCUUACUUUUCUUCCAGUGGAUUUAUACAACAACUUCGCCACGACAAUUUCCGACUCGAUAAACCUCCAGCGAACGGAUGAUCCAAAUCAAUUCUUGGAUUACUGCUUUGCGACGACCACUGACGACUAUGAAGCACCAUCCGUUACGAUGCACUUUGAAGGUGCCGAUGUGCCCCUCAACCGAGAAAAUGUGUUCAUUAGGAUAUCGGACGACAUCGUUUGCUUGGCCUUCAAAGCUAGCCAGGAUGAUCAGGAGAUGAUUUUUAUCUAUGGCAAUAUUUCACAGAACAACUUCUUGGUUGGUUAUGAUAUUAAGAACAUGGUCGUUUCUUUCAAGCAGGCGGAUUGUGUUGCCAUGUGA